AUGUUAAAAUUUCUUCUGUUAGCAACAUGUACAAUCUGCAACUCAAUUAUUAUUCAAGGCCAUCCGGUAGAAAGAGACAAUUCAAAUACGUUUAUAAUAACAGCAGACGAGCCAGAAUCAGACGAAAAAUUUACAGAUGAUUGGAAUUAUAAAAUAGAGAGCACGAAAGUACCAAUUUUAUCAAAUUUAUUUAGGAAUCAUACUCUCCCGCCAACAGCCAAUGGCACUGGCAGGUUGUUAUGGGAAUUAGACCAAGAGAAGACGACUCACUUACCCCAAUUUGUUGACAAAGCUCUCAAAUUAUUGAACUUGAAACAAGUGGCUUUUGAAAUUGAAAAUUCUGUCAUGUCCAAGGUGUCUUGUACGGCAUGUAGAGCAGGUGCUGGUUUACUCCAACAUUAUACAAAAACAGGAAAAUCUGAGAAGGAAAUCAAGAAAACGAUUUACCAGUUUUGCGUCAAUUUAAAAAUUCAAUCACCAAGAGUGUGCGAGGGUAUCACUGAACUUUUUGCAGGCGAAGUAAUAUAUGUUCUUAGCAAAGUCAAAAUUGGUCCAGAUGAAAUUUGCAGUUUUGUCAUCGGCGAUGCUUGUGGAGACGUCUACAACCCUUACCAUGAAUGGGAAGUCAUGUUUCCACCAGUACCUAAACCAACAAUAGUGGAACCAAAAAUACCUGAGGCAAAUGGUCCUACGUUUAAAGUACUUCAUUUGUCCGAUACCCAUUAUGAUCCAUACUACAUGGAAGGAAGCAAUGCAGAUUGUGCAGAACCUUUGUGUUGCCGAUUAACCAAUGGACCUGCAACAACAAAAGAACAGGCUGCUGGAAAAUGGGGCGACUACCGAAAAUGUGAUACUCCAAAAAUAACCGUAGACAACAUGUUACAACAUAUCCAAGAAACACAUCCUGAUAUCGAUUAUAUUUUAUGGACAGGAGAUUUACCUCCUCAUGAUAUUUGGAAUCAAACCAGGGAAGAGAAUUUAAAGAUUCUAAAAGACACAGUGAAACAAAUGUCAAUGAUGUUUCCGGGAGCGCCAAUUUUUCCUGCUUUAGGAAAUCAUGAAUCGGCGCCUGUCAACAGUUUUCCACCGCCUUUUGUCGACAGUCCAGAAAGCAGCAUAUCUUGGCUCUAUGAUGAAUUAGACGUACAAUGGAGAAAAUGGCUGCCAGGUUCUGUUAGUAAUACAGUACGAAGAGGAGCGUUUUAUUCAGUUUUGAUUAGGCCUGGAUUUAGAUUGAUCUCUUUAAAUAUGAAUUAUUGCAACAACAAAAAUUGGUGGUUGCUGCUGAACAGUACAGAUCCAGCUACAGAACUUCAAUGGUUUAUCUACGAACUUCAAUCUGCUGAAUUUAAUGGUGAAAAAGUACAUGUUAUAGGUCACAUUCCACCUGGCCACUCAGAUUGCCUCAAAGUUUGGUCCAGAAAUUAUUAUGCCAUCAUCAACCGAUACGAAUCAAUUAUAGUUGCCCAAUUUUUUGGCCACACUCACUAUGACGAAUUCGAAGUUUUUUACGAUAAAAAAGAUUUAUCGAGGCCAAUAAAUAUUGCCUACAUUGGACCAUCUGUAACACCUUACUAUGAUCUGAAUCCAGGAUACAGGAUAUAUUAUGUUGAUGGAGAUCAUGAUAAAUCAACAAGGUCUGUUGUAGACCACGAAUCUUGGACGAUGAACCUAAGGGAGGCCAAUUUGUAUGGAUACCCGAUAUGGUUUAAGCUUUAUACUGCAAGACAAGCAUUUGGAUUAGAAGCCUUAAGACCUCAGGAUUGGGACGAACUUGUUACCAAAAUGACCAAUGAUCCUAAAUUAUUUGAUCUAUUCUAUAAAUAUUAUUACAAAGCAAGUCCUGCCAGACCAUCUUGCGAUUUGGCAUGUAAAAAAAGAAUUUUGUGCGAUCUACAUUCAGGCAGAUCGCAUGAUCGAAAAAAUUUGUGCGAAAGUAUAGAAUCUCGAAUAGAUUCAUCGUCUAAUGUUACAUGGAAAGAAUGGCUUUAUAAUACCAUUUCUGUUUCAAUGUCAGUUUUGAUGGCGAUUCCACGACUCACAAUACAACUGCCGAAAUACGUUCUAGGACUUGGAUAA